GCAAAAAUGAUGACACCAGACCAAGCCCAUACUUCGCUUCCUCAAUCACCUCAACUCAAGUCAUUCUCCCAACGAUCGGCAGAUUCACCGGUGGAGGAUGCCUUCUUGGAGAGACUGGAGAAGGUGGCCAACACUGCUCCCAACCCCUCGGUCAGAAGGGAGUUCCUUGAGAAGGAGAUACCGGCAAUGACCAGGUUGUUCUCAAGGUUCCUCAAGAACAGGAAGAAGACAAUUGAUUGGGAGAAGAUCAAGCCACCUCCUGCAGAGAUGGUUGUCAGCUACAAGGAGUUGCCUCCAUGUGGUCACCAACGUCGUUCGGAAUUGGCUGGAAAACUGGCUGUUCUCAAGCUCAAUGGAGGUCUUGGCACUACCAUGGGUUGCACUGGACCCAAGUCUGUAAUCGAAGUUAGAGGAGAAAAGACUUUCCUUGAUCUCUCUGUCCAGCAAAUCAAGGAAAUGAAUGAGUUCUAUGAUAUUAGAGUACCAUUGGUAUUGAUGAACUCAUUCAACACUCAUUCAGAGACUGGAAAGAUUAUCCAAAAGUAUAAACACUCUGAUGUUUCAAUUCAUUCAUUCAAUCAGAGCCGUUUCCCAAGGGUGCUCAAGGAUUCAUUGAUGCCAGUGCCCGACAAGAUGUUUGGAAAUGAUGCCGAGUGGUAUCCACCUGGACACGGUGACGUCUUCUUUGCCCUCCACAACUCUGGACUCCUCGAGACCCUCAUCAGUCAAGGCAAGGAGUAUCUCUUCAUCUCCAAUGUUGACAAUCUUGGUGCUGUAGUUGAUUUUAACAUUUUGAGUAUGAUGGAAGAGAGGAACUGUGAAUAUGUGAUGGAGGUCACCAACAAGACACGCGCAGAUGUAAAGGGUGGCACGUUGAUUGAGUAUGAGGGCAAGGCCAAGUUGUUGGAGAUUGCUCAAUGUCCUUCGGAUAAGGUUGAGGAGUUCAAGUCAAUCAAGAAGUUUAAGAUCUUCAAUACCAACAACAUCUGGGUCAACCUUAAGGCCGUCGACCGUGUAAUCAAGCAGAGCCUACUCGACGACAUGGAUAUCAUUGUCAAUCCAAAGUCCGUUGAUGGCAAGAAUAUCCUUCAGUUGGAGAUUGCUGCUGGUGCCGCCAUUGAAUUCUUCAACAAUGCUCGUGGAGUCAAUGUUCCUCGCUCCAGAUUCCUGCCAGUCAAGUCCACUUCGGACCUCUUCAUCGUGCAGUCCAAUCUGUAUGAGUUGGAGAAGGGCAUGCUUGUGAUGAACAAGAAUCGUCCAUUCACCACGAUCCCACUGGUCAAGCUUGGUGAUAUGUUCAAAAAGGUAUCCGACUACCAGUCCCGAAUCAAGGGUGUGCCAGACAUUUUGGAACUUGAUCAGCUGACAGUGUCGGGCGACGUGACCUUUGGAGCCGAUAUGGUACUCCGAGGCAAUGUCAUCGUCGUUGCCAACCAUGGAUCAAGGAUUGACUUGCCCGAGGGUUCAGUCUUUGAGAAUAAGGUCAUCUCUGGUAACCUGCGCAUCCUCGAG